GCCUGCCAGCCGCUGGGCUCCCCUCGUGGCGGGAGGGAGGCGGGAAGGGAACCGAGGGGCACCAGCAAAAGACUCACUAAGCCAGGACUUGGUCACUGACGGGAUGAAGAUGCCAAAACUGACCCGGCUCCAGCCUCCGAGCAGGCAGGGGGUGGGACGCAGUCCAGUUUAACCCGAUUUCCACCAAUCACAAGCCGCCCAGCGGAGUCGGGCGCCAGGAGAGGCUGAGCUGAGUCGGCAAGAGGCGGGGAUUGCGGAAAAGAACGGCCAAUGGAAUCAAAAGUUUCCCGCCCCUCCGCCUUGAUGGACAGCCACGUUCGGACCAAUGGGGGAAUUGUCGCUUCGAAGAAAGCGGGAUGUAUCUGCGGAGUUGGAGAGAGAGGGUCUGAGCGGAGGGAUCGAGUCUUGACCUCUAGGAAGAGCCUUCAAGUUGCCGAGGGACCGAGGAUGUCCUUUGACCUCCGCGCGGCGUCACGUGGCCUGACGGGGGCGGGACGAGAAAGCUAGAUCAGUUCCUUCCGGGUCAGUGACAGGCGCCUUCUCCACGAGGUAGUUCGUGGCUUCUUGAAUCUUCCUACUCCCAGCGUUUGGUGAUUGUGAUUUCGGCGAUGAGCUCCCAGAGAGGCAACGUGGCCCGUUCCAGGCCUCAGAGACAUCAAAACACGUUUAGCUUCAAAAAUGACAAGUUUGAUAAGACUGUUCAGACCAAGAAAAUUAAUACAAAGCUUCAUGAUGGAGUAUGUCAGCGCUGUAAAGAAGUUCUUGAAUGGCGUGUAAAAUACAGCAAAUACAAACCAUUGUCAAAGCCUAAAAAAUGUGUUAAAUGUUUACAAAAGACAGUGAAAGAUUCUUAUCACAUAAUAUGUAGACCAUGUGCCUGUGAACUUGAAGUUUGCGCAAAAUGUGGAAAGAAAGAAGACAUUGUUACUCCGUUUAAUAAAGAAGCAGAAAAGACAGAAAACAUUGAAAAUAAUCCACAUUCCAAUUGUAGAAGAAGCUGCAGAAGAAAUAAAGAAGAAAGUGAUGAUUUAGAUUUUAAUAUUGAUUUAGAUGACUCAGAAGAAGAUGACAAUCAAAUAGAUUAAUAUAUUAAAAGUCAGGGUGAAAACAUGAAAUUCUGAACAACUUUUUAUUUGAGGGUUUUACAGAAAAAUACUGUGAAAUCCUAAUAAAGAAUUUAGAAUAACCUAUAGAAAAUGAUAACAUUUAUACAUGGACAAUAUAAAUUGUGAAUAAUAUUUGAACAGUUAUAUAACUUAUGCAGACU